GCAAGCACUAAGAUUCAUAUCAUUCACAAAGACGGCUGAGUUCUCACCUCGGUUGUGGUUGUGAAUACAGUAAACACAGGAGAAUAUCUGAUCUGUCCUCUGUAUACCUAGUUAAGCCCGCAGACAUGAAGUUCUUCUCUUCCGUCGCCCUCUUCCUCGCCUCACUGGCAACGGCGAACCCCGUGAGCCAUAACGGACCGGGUCCCUACCACAUCUCUGAAUUCUAUGCGAGCAAAAUUCACGACAGCGGCACCUGCAUAUACGACUUCGACGUGACCGCGCCGGGCCUCGACGGGGCCGUCCACUGCCACGCCUCCGUCGACGCGGGCUUCUCGGGCGCCACCUGGCUGGCCUACGUGUACGAGGGCGCGGGCAACUGCAACAACAGCGCCGUGACCUGGACCUUCUUCCAGCCCGCGUCCCCCGUGGGCAGCGACGCCCAGUUCAACGUCACCGUCAACGGGGUCAAGCGCCGCCGCAUCAUCCCCGGCUCCGACAUCUCCGUCAACCUCAACAACGAGACGAACCCCUUCGACAACGAUGUCUACUACUCGGGGCCGAGGGAGUUUGACAUUACCGAGUCUGUGAAUAAUUAACGCACAACUUAGUCUCGGGAUUUCGUGAAGCAAAUCAGACCAUUGCUGUUGAACGGGGAUUACCUGAUAAUCCAUAAAUUGGACUCUCCGGGAGAUUACCGUCGCACCAUAUGGGGAGCAUCAUAUGGGAAUUUCAAAUUUGGGAUGCAUGUAUGCCAUCUUAGCCUCGUCUAUGAAAGCAUGAAAGAGAAGUCCCCGAUGUUUUGUCGUCCUGCGCUAGCUCCAGUUGGUGCUUCCCUGGCCACGGAUCAACUAGCCUACCAAGUCCUAAUAACCAACCCACAUAGGUACCUUCCUUGACGAGUAUUAUACCGUAUUCACGGCGGAUCGUGUUGAGAACCCCGGGGGGAUCGAAAAAGGACAGCCAGGAUUACCUGACAUCUAGUGUUUGAUUUUGAGGAGUAUUGAAACGAGGUAUUAUAUACCUUUCGCCCUUAGCUCUCUCAGACAGCAGUUAACUUUGGAGAAGAG